UUGGUGCUGGGGAGUGAGGGAGAUUUAGAGAUUCACUUCCGGUUCUUUUCGGUCCGUCUCGGCAAAAUGGAAAUUCCUGCAUGAGCGUCGACUAUGAUCAGGCGUUUAUUAUAGACUGCUCCGAUGGCCAUAGGUCCAUCCCGCCAUUCCCUUGACUUUUCGUUUUCUGGUUGUUAUGGAAACCCAACCGAAGCUUAGUUGCUAUGGAAACCGGAGGCUUAGGCGGAAGCAAGGUUCCCGAAGUGGAAGACAUGAUAGAUUUCCAUGCUUUGGAGAAAGAGCUGGAAGAAGCUAUUGCUACUGAUGAGAAAUACCAGAGAGAAAAUGAGGCUAAGUUCCGAGCAGUGCGUCAGAAAGUGUCAUCUUAUGAAGAAUUCAGGGAUAUUGUUCUAGCCUCCCAUUUGAAACCUCUGGAGAAAAAGGACAAAAUGGGAAAUAGCAGAAAUGUGUUAUGGAACUCCUGUGCAGUUAAAGCAAAUCGCAAACAAGAGAGUAAGAUAGAGUUGCCUCAGGAAUUGGAGCACCUGCCUAAGACCUCUGCGGAGUUCUACAGAGAUUGGCGCAGAUGUAUGAAAAGCAAUCAGGAACGCUAUCACCUCCUGCUGCAACUUGGAUCUGAGAACUUGGGCCGGAUGUUCCAAACAGAUCUUGCCUUUGGCCUCUUAGGUGAAUUUCUAGUGGUGCUGAGCAAAAAUGCUUGCAUCAAAGACUGCAAUGCUAUCUUGGAUAUCUUGGAGAAUUUAUCAGGCACCAAACGUUUUGGAUUAAAUGUUGAACUCCUGAGUGAGAGCGAGAAAGAAAGCUGCAGGCAGUUGUUUGAAAAAUUGCAAAAAAUGGGAACUGGCCUUGGUGAUUUUCCUGAAGCUCCACAGGUUCCAAAUGAAGAUGGUACAGAUAUUACUCAAAUCCAUUGCCAAGGUGGUGAAGUAGUUGAAAGAAAAGUGCUAGAACUGAUGAGCCUUUACCAAAUCUCCUUGGUCAAGUCUUGAAUUUAUAUUAAUAACUACACAGGAUAUGGAAAUAUUGUAACAUAAAGGAAGGACUAGAGUGCCCAUUAAGAACAUAUCCAUCAGCCCUUUUAGUAUGUAUUGGAAAGACAGAAGAGCAUAUGAAGAAUAGAUACCUAGUUGAAGAGUCCUUGCCUCUUGCUUUUUGUCUCUAUUGCAUUAAAAUGUUAUAUCAACUUUACUUUCUCCAAUCACACAGUUAAACCAUUAUCAAUUUUACUUAUUUUAUUUUAUUUUAUAUAUCAAAUUUAUUCCCUGCCCAUCUCACUCAGAGAGCGACUCUGGGUGGGUUACAUAAAA